GUGCCCGCUGUGUCCUCUGGACACAGUGGAAUACUGAUCGUCGGACGGGACCUCUGUGCGAGGUCCCAAUCAUGUGAUCACUGAAUGGCCAAUCAGUGAUCCCAUGCAGAUUACAAAAAAAAUAAAAAUCCCGUACGACAAUCGGUGUUCCACUGUGUCUGGAGGACAUAGUGAGCACCAGAUCGUGGUGCUGCGCAUUCCCAGGGAGUGCGCACAGUCCAAAAUUGCGGGCACCAUUUAUGAAUGGCAACCCGCCCCUGGACUGCCACCGUCCGGCCGUUUAUAUACAGCGGCCGGACGGCAA